AUGAAAACCUUUCUGACGUUGGCCCUGGUUUUAGUGGUGUUUGUCACUGUGGCAGAAUCUGCCCAGAGAUGCUAUUCCGGAUCGAAAGAUCGUUAUGAGUCUCGUCAAUGUGACACUGGAACAGCUGGAAACUUUGUGUGCCAGAAAUUUACUUGUGAAGGAGGAAAAUCGCCAUUUGUGCUUCGAACAUGUGCAAAUAAGAGAACGGGAUGCUUGGCUGGACCAGCAAUUUGCAAGUUCUCCAAAGGAACAGGAAUAGAUUCCAACUUCACUGUCCGUGCAUGUGCUCCAGAAGGCUCACGUUGCGAGUCCUCUUCCACAGUCUGUGCCGAUCAAGACGGCGUUGGUUACUGUAGCAUCUGUGAAGAUGACAAUUGCAACUCGGCAGAUAGUCUAUUUGGAAAGAUGGCCCUUUCGAUGGGAUUCGUGAUGUUGGCUAGAAUUUUCUAG